AUUCGCUUCCACCAGAAGUCCAAGACGGGUUGCAGUGGCUGCAAGUCCCGACGUGUCAAGGCUAACUGGGCCGGGCAGUGUGACGAGACCAAACCACGAUGUAACGCGUGUACACGUCGCGGGAUCGACUGUCUCUACGAUGCUGGUCGUGGGCAGUCCAGAAGAAGGGCAGAACAUGAGCCCGAUCCGUCAGUAGAAGCUCAGUGUAGUGAGACUCGGCAGCAGCAGCAGCAGCCCAUGGUCCAGCAGAUGGACGAGGGUCCUCACUACAGCGCCAAGCAGCUGCUCGACCUGCGGCUGAUGCACCACUACAGCGUCUCCACGUGCGAAGAUCUCGCCAGUGCCUUUCCCGACGGCGUCCUGAGGCCGCUGAGGGUCGACGCCCCCCAGCUCGCCCUCCAGCACGACUUCUUCCUGGACGCCCUGCUCCUCGUCGCCAUGGUCCACCUCGGGAGCACCGACCCGUCUUCGCUCGCCAGUCUCCCCGUCUACCUCUACCGGGACCAGGCGCUGCGUGCUCUGCGGAGGGCCGUCGCCACGAUAACCGAGGCGAGUCUCGAUGCCGUUAGGGGCGCGUCCGUGCUUCUCGCGACCACCUCCUUCGCGACGGACCGCCUCACCAGCCAGCCUGGCCUGUGGAUUGCCAACUGGAUGACACUUGCCUUGGGACAGCGCAACUUCCGCGUUUCGUACCGGCCAGCGGCGUCCUCACCUGAAGACGAUGAUGGGAAUUCACCCAGCGGUCUCUACGGAUCCUUUACCGACGGUCUGGGGGUUCCGGUUAUUCCGCCUGAUAUUCAACGCGCCAUAGCCAAAUGCGACGGCGAUGCUGCCACGUCGGCCGUCUACACCGCCGCCAGGGAGCUUGGCAGGCUCAUCGCCCUCGUCGAUGGAGGGUACGAGCCGUUGUUCCUGCUCAAGAAGAUCAAGGGGUGGUCCUUUGACGUGAUCCCGGCGCGCUUCCUCGAUCUGGUCAGGCAGGAGAACCCGGCUGCCCUCGUCACCGUGGCGUACUACAUACUCCUCUUCAAGGUCUUUCCCGAUUCGUGGAUAUACCAGGGCCUGGUGAGUCACGACAUUGAGCUGAUAAGCCGUACCAUCGACCCUGCAUGGGAGGUGUACCUUGCAGUUCCGAAGAAAGGCGUGCACGUGAAGGAACCGGCUGAACUAGCUGAAUUGCUAGUUGGCUCUUUAGUGGACAACGAUUCCAACGAUCAAGGGGAAGACAGCGGGGACUAA